AUGCGAAACAAGAUCCUCGUUGUCGGCCCUCCUGGAAGUGGCAAGCUGACCAUGCUCAAGGAACUCAUGGGCACCGUGUCGCCUGUGACAGGAUCCCACGCCGGCAUUAUCGAAGAGUACCACAUCAAAAACAAGUACUACGAGGCCCGCGUCGGGGUCUGGGUGGACGAGUUUUUGUUGGAAGGUGACUCGACCCAGCUCUCCGCAGACCGAAUCGAAGGACUAGUGUCGCUGCCGGAAUGGACGGAGUCCUUCUGCAGCAACGAGGCCAAGGAGGUCCGAGACUCCAUCAAGGCCGUCGUCUUCACGCUGCGCCACGGCUCCGACGCGGCCCAUCUUGAACCCCAGCUCAAGGUCCUCGAGCAGCUCGUGGGCAUGCUGGACAACGACAACUGGGACGGGUCGUUGAUCUGCCUGCAAAAGGGACAUGUCAGCCCCGAGCUCGCCGCCCAGCUCGACGCCGUCUGCUUCGACUAUGGCUUUGAAUACAUCAGCCACUUGGUGUCGGAGCAGGGCGAGACUACAGGUUAUGACCGUCUACAGGAAGCCAUCGAGGUGCUCGGAUGGGAGACCCAGGAUGAGGCCAAGGAGACGCCUGUGCCUGAUCCUAUUCUCACGUCGCCUACACUAAUGGCCCGGUCAUCGCCGUCGUUACACGCGUCGUCCUUUGACGCCCGGUCGUUGUCGCUGUCACCAGCCGACUCAGACAUGCUCAAGGGCUUGCUCAACGACGACCUAGACAACUUUCAGAACAUCUUUGAUAAGCUGAAAAUUGCCCGAAAUUCCAAUCUCAGCGACGAGCAGCGAACUCGGCUGGCCAACGACCUGGCAGAGCAGCUGAUUGGAGGAGAAGUUCCCGGACACUAA